AUGCUCAAUUCUAAUUCAUCCACUCUAGAAGAAGGACAUCAGCAGCAGCAGCAACAACAACAACAACAAAAUGAACAAAUAGUUCAUAUGGCUGUUGACGUUAUACAACAAUCAAUUGAUUUAAUAAAUAGAUUGAAUGAUAAGCAAUAUACUUUUAUUUCAAAGGUAAUGGCUGGCGGAACUAUUGGUAAACAUAUUAGACAUGUUUACGAUCAUUUCAAGUUAUUGUAUAAGCAACCUGAAGAUCUAUCGAUAGUAAACUAUGAUUUGCGAAAACCUAAUAAUCCGUCAGAAACAGAACGACGUAUUGCCAUAAAUAACCUUAAAGAGUUACAAAAAAAAAUUAAAGAACAAAGUUUCCUCGUUCCUUUAGAAAAAGAAUUGACUUUGUUAGCCGUUAUUGACUCAAAUGAUAAACAAAAAUAUACGUUUAAUUCAUCGUUUGGAAGAGAAUUAUUGUAUUGUUGCAUUCAUGCGAUUCAUCAUUAUGCCUCAAUCAAAGCUAUCUGUAUUGAACAAGAUAUAUCAAUGCCUUAUGAGUUUGGUAUGGCAUUUUCAACUUUACAAAGUUAA